AUGCCUGAUCCCUUCUUCGCCGACAUUGUUGCUGUUUUUCCGGGAAACGCAUGGCAAACCAAUGCAGUAAACAAUUCUAUGGCAAACAUUAGGAGGAACAAUGAAUUAACUGAAGCAAUGCAAGCUAUCCGAGACAUGGCUGUUGCUCUAAUGAGGAAUCAAAGACCUGAAGGAAACCCUGAAUCACAAGGUUUAGCUAAAUUUAGGAGAAACAAACCCCUACAAUUUUCUGGAGGAUACGAUCCAGAAAAGGUUGAGUUGUGGAUUAAGGAGAUAGAAAAACUGUUUCGAGUUAUGAACUGUGCUGACAACCAAAAGUUGAAGCAAGGAAGUAUGACAGUAGGGGAAUAUGCUUCCAAGUUUGAAGAGUUAGGAAAAUACUCUACUUUCUUUUAUCACCCAGAGGAAAGGAUGAAGUGUAUAAAAUUUGAAAAUGGACUUAGAGAUGAAUUGAGAAAAGCAGUAGGAAUACUAGAAAUUACUGAUUUUCCUACGCUUAUUAACAAGUGUAGAUUUUUGGAAGAUUUUGAGAACAACCAAAAUAUCAAACCAAAGUAUUUUGGACCCCAAACAAAUAAAAAUAAACGCAAUGAGGGAAAACCUUACAAUCGCCCACAAUGGAGGACCCAAUCCAACCAAUCUUCAUCAGGAAAUUCUAGUAGACCUAUAUAUGAUCAUAUCAGAUGCUUUAAAUGCGGACAAGGUCAUCAUGCUAAAGAUUGUCGCCUUAAGGGACCAGUCUGUUUCAAGUGUGGGAAACCUGGUUACCUAUUCUCUGAGUGUGGACAACAAAAGUCACAUUUCAAUCCAAGUGCAACCAAUACAAGACCUACCACAACAGGAAAGUAUACACCAUGA